AUGCAGCGAUUAUGGGGCUUGAAUGGGAAAUGCAUGGGACUGAGCCGCGCAGCCGACUUCAAUAAAGCAGCAGCAGCAGCAGCUGGAGCAGCGGGAGCAGUAGCUGCUGGUGAACACAACGGAACAAAACACGGGGGAGAUGAAUGGGGAAUUCUAUUGAGGCUCGCCUGCUCCCAACCUCUUCAACUCUCUCCCUCCUCGGUAUUCCCGUGUAUACUGCAGCUUGGCAUCUAUUAUUCAUGA